GUCUCUCCGGUCCCUGCUCUCUACCGCCUCUCGAGUCUCUACUCUCCACUCGUACUCUUUUAACUCUGCGGCUGGGCUGCGCCGGAAGAGUGCCCACUCUCGAAAACAAAUGCCGCGAAGACAUAAAAACUAGGGCUCAAUCAAAACCAAGCAACAAAUUGUAGAAGACAGACGGGGGCGGGAGGGGAGAGAGAGAGAGAUAGGGAGGGAGGAAUUCACGAUCCAUGGAUCGAAUCGCGGCGGCCAACGAGGUCGCCUUUAGGAUCGGAUUCUCCGGCCACAGCGGCCACCUCCGCCUCGAGCCUCUCCCACCCGUCGAAAGCUCCGGCCCCUUCAACGCUCUCCCCGAUUUCAUCCUCCCGCCGGCGUUCCCUCCGGAGACACCGGAAACUGUGAAGGAGUAUCUGGAGGAAAGUUACCUCCGGCCGGAGUUGGAUGCUGAUGAGUUUUCAGUGGAGAAGUCCGGGAGGCUGUGGGAAUUUGAUUGGUUUAAUGCAGCCAAGGUUCCCCUGGAGCCGUCAGCUCCUCGCUCAGUCGUGGCCCCCAGGUGGGAGUUGCCCUUCAGGAGAUCUGCAAAGGCCGGUCCGUCGGGAAUAUGGGAUCCCGAUUCGGCACAGAUAGAUAUAGCAGAGCUAAUGGAUGGAGCUCAGGAUUCUGGAGGCUUGUUGCGUAUGCCAGGACCUGCUAAGGAUUUUGUAAGAGGAAGUAUCAACAAUCGUCCAUUCCGACCAGGAGGUUUGGAUGAUUCCCAGGCGUCGGAGAGGGCUCUUCCUGAGGGUGCUCGCAAUGGCGAUUGGGUUCGUGAACUUAUAGGGGGCGGCAGUGCUCAAACUGUUCCUCCUAGUUUUCGGAAAGGAAUGGAUUUAGGCUGUAUUAUGGAAUAUCCAUAUCGUUGGAAGUCUGCCAGAGAGAAGUGUGCUGAUGAUCAUGCUGAGGGAGCAACAGAAGAAAACCUGAAUAAGUAUUCAGUCCAAUUUGAUGAUUUAUUCAAGAAAGCUUGGGAAGAAGAUGCUACUAAGCAAGCUUGGCAAGAAGAUGCUAGCAAACAAUCAGGAAGUGAUGGUUUGCCAGACCUUGCAGUUGAAGCAGAGAGCGAGGCCAUUAAUGUUGUUCGUGAAGCCGAAACGUCUAAUGUUAUUCCUGAAGCAGAAACUUCUUUCGAUCAGAUAUUAGUGAAUGAGUCAGAGAAAAUCAUAGAGAAGUUUGAUGGAUUAGGUGAUGACAAAAAGAAGAAUGAAGGAGAGGCUUGGGCUCUUGUUGGUGGAACUGAAGAGAUUAUGGGCAGCUUCAAUGAACUUGUGCCGAACAUGGCUGUUGAGUAUCCUUUUGAAUUGGAUAAGUUCCAAAAGGAGGCGAUAUAUUUUCUCGAGAGGGGUGAUUCUGUUUUUGUCGCAGCUCAUACUUCGGCUGGAAAAACAGUUGUUGCAGAGUAUGCAUUUGCUUUAGCUUCAAAACAUUGUACCCGGGCUGUCUAUACUGCUCCUAUAAAAACCAUCAGUAAUCAGAAAUACAGAGAUUUCUGUGGAAAGUUUGACGUCGGCCUUCUUACAGGAGAUGUAAGCAUAAGGCCUGAGGCAUCUUGCCUUAUUAUGACUACCGAAAUAUUAAGGUCGAUGCUUUACCGAGGUGCUGAUAUUAUUCGUGACAUUGAAUGGGUUAUAUUUGACGAAGUGCAUUACGUGAAUGACGUUGAAAGAGGUGUAGUCUGGGAAGAAGUUAUCAUAAUGUUGCCAAGACAUGUCAAUAUUGUACUUCUUUCAGCAACGGUCCCAAAUACGGUUGAAUUUGCAGACUGGAUUGGUCGGACAAAACAGAAAAAGAUCCGCGUCAUUUGGACUACAAAAAGACCUGUCCCUCUUGAGCAUUGUUUGUUCUAUUCUGGAGAAUUAUACAAAGUAUGUGAGAAUGACGUGUUUCUUCCUCAAGGAUUUAGAGCAGCUAAAGAUGCUUACAAGAAGAAAAACUCCAAUACACUUGGAGCCAAAUCUGCUGCAAGAACAGUACCUACAGGACCUGGUAGUACAGCUCCAGUGAGACAAUCGGAUAAUUCUAGUCGAGGGAGAGGUCAGAAGUACCCCAAACAUCAGACUAUUGACUCGGGAACUACUGGAGUACACCAAAACAGUUCAGGACCAAAGAGAUCAGAUGCGUCUUCAUGGUUGUCGCUUGUAAAUAAGCUUUCAAAGAUGUCCCUCUUGCCCGUGGUUAUUUUCUGCUUCUCAAAAAACCGUUGUGAUAAAUCAGCAGAUAGCAUGUAUGCAACUGACCUCACAAGUAAUUCUGAGAAAAGGGAAAUACGUGUCUUCUGUGACAAGGCUUUUUCACGCCUUAAGGGAUCUGACAGGAGCCUUCCACAAGUUGUCAGAAUCCAAAGCCUUCUACGAAGAGGAAUUGGUGUCCACCAUGCUGGGCUUCUUCCUAUUGUUAAAGAAGUUGUUGAGAUGCUUUUUUGUCGUGGUGUAAUAAAGGUACUAUUCUCCACCGAGACAUUUGCAAUGGGAGUUAAUGCCCCAGCAAGAACAGUUGUUUUCGAUGCUUUAAGAAAGUUUGAUGGCAAGGAAUUCAGGAAGUUGCUUCCAGGGGAAUAUAUUCAAAUGGCUGGACGUGCUGGUAGGAGAGGACUAGAUAAGAUUGGUACAGUUAUCAUUAUGUGUCGUGAUGAAAUUCCUGAGGAAAGUGACUUGAAAAAUGUAAUCGUUGGGAAACCAACUCGACUUGAGUCUCAGUUUCGACUGACAUACAUCAUGAUACUCCAUCUACUUCGUGUCGAAGAACUGAAGGUGGAGGACAUGCUUAAGAGAAGCUUUGCAGAAUUUCAUGCGCAGAAGAACUUGCCUGAAAAAGAAAGACUUCUUCUGCAAAAGCUAAGGCAACCAACUAAAAUUAUUGAGUGCAUAAAAGGUGAGCCUUCUAUUGAAGAGUACUACGAUAUGGCACUGAAAGCUGAGACAUAUAGAGAAGAUAUAUCGGAGGCAGUCAUGCAGUCAUCCUAUGCUCAGCAAUUUCUGUCGCCUGGAAGAGUUGUGAUCAUCAAGUCACAAGUAGCUGAAGAUCACCUACUUGGAGUUGUCCUGAAAAAUCCAUCUGCUACAUUUAAACAGUACAUUGUAUUAAUACUGAUGACCGAGAGCAGUUCAUCUGUGCAAUCUCCAUCCCUUUCCCCCAUACAAGAAAAGGAAAGUGGCAACUUCCAGCCAGGCUAUUUUGUUGUCCCAAAAGGAAAACGUGGAAUGGAUGACGAGUACUUCUCAUCCAUCAGUUCGCGCAAAGGAUCUGGUGCUGUUAAUAUAAAGCUGCCGCACAGUGGAACUGCUGCUGGGGUGAGUUAUCAAGUUAUACCAAUAGAGAGCAAAGAAAUUAUGAGUAUAUGCGAUUGCAAAAUUAAGAUAGAUCAAGUCCGGCUUCUUGAAGAUCCCAGCAAUGCUGCCUACUCUAAAACUGUUCAGCAGCUUUUAGAGAAGAAACCAGAUGGAAGCAAAUUUCCUGCUGCUUUAGAUGCUGUAAAGGAUCUCAAGAUGAAAGAUAUGUUACUCGUAGAGAAAUACCAUGCAUAUAAUAAGCUAUUGCAAAGAAUGUCUGAAAACAAGUGCCAUGGGUGUAUAAAAUUGAUGGAACACAUUGCAUUGAUUAAGGAGCAAAAGCAGCAUAAAGAGGAAGUUAAAGCUUUAAAAUAUCAAAUGUCGGAUGAGGCGCUUCAACAAAUGCCAGAAUUUCAAGGCCGGAUUGAUGUGUUGAAAGAGAUCCAAUGUAUUGAUUCUGAUCUUGUUGUUCAACUCAAAGGUCGGGUGGCCUGCGAGAUGAACUCUGGCGAGGAGUUGAUAUGCACAGAGUGUUUGUUUGAGAAUCAACUAGAUGACCUGGAACCUGAAGAAGCCGUGGCCAUUAUGUCUGCAUUUGUUUUCCAGCAGAACAACACCUCCGAACCAUCUCUUACUCCCAAGUUGGCACAGGCUAUGCAGAGAUUGUACGAUACGGCAAUUAGAUUGGGGGAACUUCAAGCACAGUUCAAAGUACCUGUAGACCCUGAGGAGUACGCCCGGGACAAUCUCAAGUUCGGCCUUGUUGAAGUCGUCUAUGAAUGGGCAAAGGGAACUCCAUUUGCAGAUAUUUGUGAGCUAACAGAUGUAUCGGAAGGGCUAAUUGUGAGGACUAUCGUGCGAUUGGAUGAAACGUGCCGUGAGUUUAAGAAUGCAGCUUCCAUAAUGGGCAACAACACUCUCUAUAGGAAGAUGGAGACCGCUGCUAAUGCUAUCAAGCGUGAUAUUGUUUUUGCUGCUAGUUUGUAUGUCACAGGAGUUUGAUUCCAUUUCUGGCCUCUACAGAUUUGUAAUUUUGUAUUACAGAAGAUGGGGAGGCUUAAAAUGGAAAGUCAUGUAGAUUUGUAAUUUUGUAUUAUGUCAAACCUAAUGUGCCAGUGUUGUAUCCUUGUUAUUCUUGUUCUUAUUUCGAUCCUACAUCCUCUUGAAGUGUUUUCUAGAUUGCCAGUUCUUGUUGGUAGAUAAAAUACUUGGUGCUUGUUCGGAUUGGAUGCUUGUUCAUUUAGUUGGGUAAAACUGUUUUGUGAUGAAUGAGGCAUGUAAGAGUAAGAUGGGGAUGCCUGCUACAAUACAAUGUGACAUAAUAAUAAUUUUAAUAAAGACAAAGAUGUCGGUGUGGGGUUUUUUUU